AUGCGUGGUGUUGGCCUACUAGGCUAUCUAGGUGCGGCGGAGGUCGUCAAUAUGCACCUACCAGGCCGAUUACUGAACCUAGAGGCUGCUGCCGGAGGAAAUCUUGCCAUUCUCCGAAACGGUGACAAACUUCGCAUUGAUGUACUAAAUCGACGAGUCGAUAUCCUCAUUAGCCAUGAAGAAAUCGCACAGCGAAGGAAGGAGGUGUUCGGCACACUAUGGCAGGAGAUCUUCCGCCAGGAAACCGAUCAAUUGUCUAGCGGUAUGGUGCUGAAGAAGGCUGUGAAAUAUCAACGCCUGGCGCAAACAAACGGUCCACUAAGGCACAAUCAUUAA